AUGUUUAGAAGAAAACGAAUAGUUAGACAUAUCAGAUAUUUGAUUGAAGAAUUUAUGGAUAAUUGUGGUGGGACUUUCGUCCUUGUAAUCGUAGCAUUGGUAAUUACAGGGAUUGUUAUGAAAGAUACAUUAAGUAUAGAAUAUAACACAUAUAAUCAAGUAACUACAUAUGCAGGGUUUGAUUUCCCCUCCAAAAGAGAUUUCCCCUUCCAUAGAGGAUGUUUAGAUGUGGAUGAAUAUUUGAAUGAUCCCGAAUAUACCAAGAUGAAUGCAAGUUUUGUCAUAUUGACCAGAAAUGAAGAAUUUGAAGGUGUUAAAAGAACCAUGACUAGUCUUGAACAACAUUUCAAUCAAUGGUAUAAUUAUCCAUAUGUAUUUUUAAAUGAUGUGGAAUUUACCCAAGAAUAUAAAGACAAGAUUAUGGAUCUUACAAACUCUACAGUCGAAUUUGGUACUAUUGACGAAUUGAAUUGGGAAUUUCCUGAAGAUGUCCGUAAUUCCUUUGAAUUUAAACAAUACAUUCAAGAUCAAAAUGAUCGUUCAGUGAUGUACGGUGGGUUGGAAUCAUAUCACAAGAUGUGUCGAUUUUAUUCUGGAUUAUUUUAUAAGCAUCCCUUAGUACAAAAACGUGAAUGGUAUUGGAGAAUUGAACCCGAUGUGGAAUUUUUCUGUGAUUUAACAUAUGAUCCAUUUUAUGAAAUGCAACGACAUAAUAAGAAAUAUGGAUUUACCAUUGUAAUUCCUGAAUUAUAUUGGACUGUCCCCAAUUUGUUCCGAUAUACUAGAUCCUAUAUCAAUUCUAAUAAUUUGAUUGUGGGAUCGUUAUGGAAACUAUUCACAAGGUCGUACAAGAUCUUGGAUGACGAAUUUGUGGAGGAGCAUAGUAAUGAAGGAUUAAACGAUUGGAUCAAUUUUGAAGAAGAGAUUGAUGAUAAGUUUAGUGAGAUGAUUUCAGUGGACCAUCUUAUUGAGUUUGAUCCUGAUGAUAAUGAUGGGAUUGAAUAUUUAGUACGCAAGUCUAAAUCUAAAUUACCGAUUGUGGAGGAUAAAUUCAAUGAUGAAGAAUAUAACAUGUGCCAUUUUUGGAGUAAUUUUGAAAUCGCUAGAGUGGAUGUAUUUGAUAAUGAUAUUUAUAAUGGAUAUUUCCAAUAUUUGGAAGAAAGCGGAGGGUUUUGGAAAGAAAGAUGGGGGGAUGCACCUGUGCAUUCGUUAGGGUUAGGCAUGACAUUAAAUUUGCAUGAUGUUCAUUAUUUCCGAGAUAUUGGAUAUAGACAUUCUAAUCUACAUCAUUGCCCUAGAAAUUAUGAAGGGGAUGGUAACAAGUAUAAAGGUCAAUUACCUUACAAGCAUAAAGAAGAGAGAUUCUCCAGAAAAGUGAAUAGCCCCGAUUGGCAAUACGAUCGAUCCAACGAGUUUGGUAGUGGGUGUCGAUGCCGCUGCCCUAACAAGAUUGAUGUGGAGGAUUCUUCGUAUCAAUGUUUUGAAAAAUGGAUCGGGAUGAUUUAUUUUGAUAAAGAUGAAUAUAAUUUCGAAUUGGAUGGGGAAUGGACGGGGAAAGUGAAUGGUGAGAAACGAUUUAAACAAGUCAAGAAGGAUUUUUUGAAAUACAAGCAACAAGAAGAUUCUUGGGCGAAUCUGGGGCUUAAGCUCGGCGAGGCCGAGACGUAA